UAGCGAGCUGUAUAAAUGAAGGGUUGGAAUCAGGUUUGUCAGUUGUCUCUGUUGAUGAACCUCAGCAACAUGAAGUACGCCAUUGUCUUUGCAGUCCUGUUGGCUGUUGUCCUCCAGGAGGCAUACGGAGCUAGUUGCCCAAAGAGCUGCAGGAAAUACAAGCGGUCCAACUGUAGGUACUACUACUACUACAGAUGGGGAUCCGGCUACAGUAGAUACUACUACUGCAGCAGCUACAGAUCAUACACAGGAACUUGCUACGAGACUUGUACUCACGGUGGCUGGAGCAACUGGUCCGACUAUGAGCUGUACGAGGAGUGCCCAGUGAUGUGCGGUGGCAGCACUGGCAUGGCCUUCAAGACACGAUCAUGCACCAACCCAGCUCCCAGGAACGGCGGCAACGCCUGUGUUGGUGGAGACACUCAUGAGAUGGUCAUGCCCUGCAACACUGACGCCUGUGGAAGUCGAUGCCCAACUGACUCUGUCAAAUACCACGCCCACCCAACUGUUCCUCACAACUACUACCAGUGCGAUCCCGGCCACAAGAAGGCUUUCCUGAAGAACUGCACAGACGGAACCGUCUUCAACGUCGAACGCCACACCUGCGUUCACGCUAAUGCACAACACGGAGAUUGCUUCCACGGCCAGAUGGCGGCCCAUCCCACAGAGUGCGGCAAGUUCUUGUCUUGCGUUCACGGCCAGAUGAAUGAGAUGCCCUGCCCAGGUGGACUCCACUACAACAGGGUGACCAAGACCUGCGACUGGCCAUCAAAUGCUAACUGCGAGUCCCAGUAAAUCUCUGUAUCUUGAGCAAUGGAAUAAAUGGAAAGCAAAUUUCAGACGCUUAUUUGUUCUUUUUGUCAAGUUGAAUCACUAAACUUAAUAAAUAAUUACAGUUAUUAGAGAACUGAUAUAUAGGCUGCCCAGGUGGACUCCGCUACAACAGGGUGACCAAGGUCUGCGACUGGAGAGAUAGAGCCAACUGCGUGUAACGUUGAAUCUGUGUAGUAUGUCGUUAUACACAGACGUAGUGCUUUAGAGCGUGAACGAGCAACGUCAUAACGUCAUAAUAAAGCAUGCUAAAAUGAA